AUGUCAACCCCUCAGGACUCACAAGCGACGAAGGAUGCGCAGGACACUGUGUUGUCACAGAGCAUCGCCAAUCUUUCCAACAGCGCAAACGCUCUUGCGGAACUUCUCACUCGCGUGGGCAACAGGAUCGCAGAAACCGGUCAAGUUGAUGAGACUCUGACGAUCUGCUUGGUUUAUCUGGACAAUCUCAAUGGCCAGUUCAUCAGCCAUGUCGCAAGUGCACAGGAGAUUGCCAGCCAGAGGCAAGUCACCAAGUCGGUGAUUGAAGAGGUGUCAAAGAAGUUGGAGCAGAUCCAAGAGAUGCUGGAGCACAGCUCAAAAGAUACGAUGGAGCAGAUCAGGGAGCAGGUCAAGGAGCAGAUCAAGCAGCAGAUGGAGCUAACCUCAAAGACGAUGUCGGAUGACUCCAAGAAGAUGUCAGACAAAUGCGUCCAGGCACUGGCUCUUACUGGACAAUCCAUGGUUGAACAGGUCGAGAAACUGCAGCACACCUCAGAAGAGAUGCAGAAAAAUUCGAAGAAGAUGACCGAGAAGAUGACCAAGGAGUUCAACAAGGUGGCCAAUGAUGCUAACAGGACCAUUGAUAAUGCUACGAUCGACCUGAGAGAUCAGAUCAGUAGCCUGGAGUACAGUACCGACGACGUUGACAAGAAAAUACAACGCUCUGUCCUGCUGCUGGAGGACUGCCAGGAGGUGCUAACCCAAUGCAAGGAUUUCAAAGAGACCGCGGCUCAGGCAAAGGAGGUGAUGGUACUGACGAUGGAAGAGCUCAAGCUCGCAAAGGAAGACAUGCAGCGCGAGCGACUGAUGUUCCAAGACCAGCAUGACCAUCUCGAGAAAAAGAUUGUCGAAAUGGCUCGUCACAUGGAGGGCAGAGAUGCCGAAAACAAGGGUCUCAAGGCUCUUUACAGCAAGCUCAGCUCACAUGCACUUCGCAGUGUCCAGAACGCGACCAACUUCCGCGACGCCCAGUACAAGUUCCUCGUCGACGGGUUCGCCAGAUUCGAGCAGAAGAUCGCCUUCAUCACUCGUCACAUCGGCGACAACACCACCGGCACAAUCUCCGGAAAGCCCUCAAGCGCCCUCCCCACCGCCGCCAACGACGCAACCAAGGCCGCCGCCGAUAAGGCCAGCAAGAACAGCCCCAACAAGCCCAAGACGGAGGAGGAAAAGAUCGCCGAGCUACAAAAGACCAUCAAUAACCUCAACUACGAGCGCGAUGUCCUCACCGGCAACACCAAGCUCCUCGAGCUCCGCCUCGCCAAGUUCGAGCAGGAAGCCCAAGCCCAAGCCGCCCUGGCUGCCCAAGCGUCUCCUGUCCUCGGACCAGAGCCCGACACGCCCUGCCCAAAGACGCUCAAGUCUCACAAGUCCAAGCGGUCGCUCGCCGAGAUGCCUCAGCUCACCCUCUCCAUUCCCACCUCCAACUCCGACUCCAAGGCCAGCCUCGACACCACCACAAUUAUCGACCCGCGCCCCUCCAUAUCCGUCGAGUCCCUCGUCCAGCCUGACCUCUGGGAGCGCCUCCUCGCCCCCUCCCUGCUUUCCGACGAACACAAGCGUCGCUUACGACUGAUCAAGCCGCAAGUAACGGGCGGUUUGCGUCUCGAGGACUUGUUCCUGCGCGUGGCCAGCGUUAUCGCGCACGAUUACUCGUGGGAGAAGUUUGACGAGUUUAUGAAGGUAGGGGACAUUAGCCAGUGGUACUGCGUCCACGACCUUGUCGGGCACGAGUGGAAAAGCAGGGAGAGCUGCGCCAUUUCGUGGGAUCACAGCUGUGAGGGAGAAAAGGGGAAGGAGGGUGGAUGUUUGAAGGUUAAACGCACUGGGGUUGAUUAUGGGAAGGUUAUGUUUGGGUAUCAUGCUGCCUGA